CGACUUUGGUCAGUUGUGGCUGUUGUUGGCCGUUAAUUACUAGCUACAUGUAACAAUUUUUUGACAAAGGUACAGACUAAGGUACUGUCGAUUAUUAUUGCAACAAAGCUGACUGCCCAUUCGUAGCUGGAUUGUGGUAAAAAAAAAAUGGUCGCUUCCGUUCGACGAGCUUUGAGACGGGCAAAGAGUUUAUCGUCUCACUGGGUGAUUUGGGCCCGGAACACCGCGGUGAAGGUCGUGCUGCUCACCGUUCUAACAACUUUUCAGCUAUGGCUUGCAUUCUUCAUGUAUGGGACAUUUUAUUAUGCUUAUAUGCCGACGGAAUUGCACACGAAACCAGUUUACUUUGAUUUUGGUUUAUGUGAUCGUUUUGAUGGAAGUGUGGCAUGCCCUUUCCCUCAAACAAACAUCAGUCUUGUAAAUCAUCCUGUCCAAGAGAGGUUAUUCAUGCCAGGACAGAGGUAUCAUAUGUUAUUGGAUAUGGAUAUGCCUCAAUCUCCAGUCAAUGAAGACCUAGGAGUCUUCAUGGUCAAGAUUGAAACUUUUUCAAAAUCCGAUGAAAUUACGUCAAAGUCAUCGAGACCAGCCAUGAUAAGGUACCGUUCCCCUUUCCUGAAAAUGAUCAACGUUGUGUGUCUUGCACCAUUCUAUGUUACGGGAUAUGCAGAAGAAAAACAGAAUCUACAAGUCAGCCUUAUGGAUGAUUUUAUUGACAAUGCUUACAAACCAACUAUAAAAAUUGGACUUGAGGUGAGAGCUAAAAAGAUCGAACUGUAUGCGGCCGUUCUCAAAGUACAUGCUCAGUUCACAGGAUUACGGUACCUGAUGUUCUAUUGGCCAGUAAGUUCAGCCUUGGUCAGUGUCAUCGCCAAUUUCUGUUUCCUGACUGUGUUGUCAAUGAUGAUGUGGCAGCAGUGCGUUGGGUUCUUGAUAGAUGAACCUAGUCUAGAGGAGAGAGAAGUACCUAACACGUCUGUGCUUACUUAUGAAGAAAGAAGGAGGAUGGCCAGACAGAAUAUGGGAGAGGAAAGAUCAGCAUUGUUCAGAAAUCGUCCAGCCCAUGUGACCAUCGUAGACCCAUUAGAUCCUCAGGCACAGAUCAGUCCAUCACCAUCUAGCAGCCAACCAGGAACCUCUGCCCGUCCAUCGUCCCCUGGAAAGAGCCCCCAGAGGAACAUCCGGAAGCGAUCAUCAAGAACACCCGGAGACCUGACCGAAGGCACUGCUCAACCAGAGGCACCCAGCUCAGGGAUCAGCAGCGACGAGUCCAAUCAGAAGGGAGGGGAGCAGAAUGUUGAAACGCUCAAAGGUGAUGAUAGUUUAUCAGGGUAUUCAGAUGCAACGACAAGUAGCACCAGUGAGGAUCCUCCCCCCGGAUUGGACGAUGAUAAGGAUGAGGAUAAGGAGGAGGUGUACUGUUCAAAGGAAGGGUAUGAGGAGGAGCAGGAGGAUAAAGAUAAAGUCGCUGAUGUUAACGAGAAUGUUGGCAGUCCACAACCAACCUCUGGUAUCCUCAGGAAACGUGUUUACAAGUCAUCUUAACAGUUUCAUUAUUUAUGUAUGCAGAACAAUUUUUUUACUGAUAUGAGUCGGGGGGGGCACUUCAAGAACUGGCCUGUGCCAUCACAGCUGUUUGAAAUCGGUGUUUCAGCUUUAAAUUGAUUACAAUACUUUGUUUGCUAAUGAAGAAAUAACAUGGCUGUCAUUUAACUUAAAAGAAAUGUAAUGAGUGAUGAAUUGAGUUGAUGUGCUUUGAGUGUUUGGGGAUCUUAUGGUGCUUUUUCUAAAGUACAUAUAUUUGGUUUGGCCUGUGGAAAAAAAAAACAGUAUUUUAGAUUCAUCCUACAUGUAAGUCAGUUGUGCUAUACACAGUUAUCAGGUUUUGGUUUCAUUCCAAACAAUCCUUCAAGUACUCUGUAAUGCUUUAUUUGAUUGAAGACUUGGUUAAGUCGUCUUUUAUUGUGAACAGUAUAUUGCUUAUACCUAUAGAAUUGCAGGAUUGCAUUGGAUCACUGGGUAAUAAUCUGUUCAUCCUGGGCACUUUCUUACAAAUAGUUGUAACCACAACUAUGGAAAUUCAUAUAUGUCAUAAUUUUUCAUAAGAAAAUUUGCAUAUUGUCUCCUUACAAACACAGAGGAACACACUGAAUUGUCAAUACAAUGAUGCAUACAUGUACACUAAUUAAAAAUAAAAAAAAAAAACACUUUGAACGAAUAUAUAUGCAUGUUAGAUGUUGGGAUUGCUGGCUUUCCAUAGUUGUGGUUGAUCAAAUCAAUCACAUCUCUUUGGGAGAUGGCACCAAUAACAGGAAGCAGA